AUCUUCUGCAUAUGAAAGAAUCUGGAAGGUGUAUGAUAGGUGGUGUUCCCAGAAAGGGUUUUCUUCGCUUCAGAAGGGAAUUGCUCAGAUCUUACAGUUCUUGCAAGAUGGGUUUGACAAAGGAUUGCAGCCAAACACUUUGAGAGUGCAGGUGUCAGCAUUAUCUGCUCAUUUGAACACAAGGUUAUCCUUAGAACCGAUGGUGAGAAGAUUUCUAACAGCCACUAAACGACUGAGACCGAGAGUUAAAUCAUUUGUUUCUCCAUGGGAUCUUGAUUUUGUCCUUAAUAGAUUAUGUAAACCUCCCUUUGAACCGCUACAAGAAAUUCCAUUGAAGAUGCUGACUCUUAAAACGGUUUUUCUCACAGCAAUAACAUCAGCUAGGAGAAUAGGAGAGAUACAGGCAUUGGGAGCCUCGGAUCCAUAUAUAGUUUUUUUCUCAGACAAAGUAUGUUUGAGGACUUUACCAUUUUUUAUACCUAAAGUACCAACAUCGUGGUGUACAGAUGAAGUGAUAAAUCUACCAAUAUUUUUUCCGGAGCCAAAAGACGAUGCUGAGAGGUUACUUCACAGUCUUGACCUGAAGAGAUGUUUGAUGAUGUAUCUAGAAAGAACAAAACAGCUGAGAAAAUCAGAUCAUCUCUUUAUUUUCUUUAGUGGGAAGAACAAAGGAAAUAAGGCUUCAAAGGCAUCGAUUGCGAGAUGGCUCAAAGAAACAAUUACAACUGUUUAUGUAUUGGAAAAUAGAGAACCUCCAAAGGUUACAAAGGCACAUUCAACGAGAGGUAUAGCGACAUCCUGGGCAGAGAGAGCUUGUGCAUCACCUCAGGAUAUCUGCAAAGCAGCAACUUGGAGCAGUUUGCAUACGUUUGUGAAGCAUUACAGACUAGACAUCUUGUCAGCACGUGAUACAGCUUUUGGCAGCAAGGAGGAACUGGAGUUUAACCCUUGGUGUGCUGCCUUACGGACUAAUGGAAAAGAAAAUUCCACUGGUCCUCACCCUCUCUCCCAGCAGUCAGGUUACUAGUGAGGACUCUGCAUUGCCUAAGGGAGUUUUUCCUGCCUCCCCGAAGUGACCCACGCUGGCGUGGUCACUUCUACGGCCUUCAAGCUCUCAAGCCUGGAUCUUCAGCCUUCCGGCCAUCUUCUACGUCCUAUCCUGGAAGGACAGAAAAAAAAAACACUGAUGCCUGGGGGGAGGAGGUGACUCUUAUAGGGGUUAAUUAAGCUUGUUUAUU